CAUUUGCAACAGAUAAUACAAAGAAAGUCAUAAUCACCAUCAACAUGUCUCAAAAUACUGAUCUGGAUGGUUAUGAAAGUGAUGAAUCCUUGGAAAUAUAUAUCCCAAUCACUUUGACAAAUGAUUUAGAUGUUCCUGAUCCUGAACAAUUAUACACUCAUUAUUUCUAUAUUUAUUUCUAUAGAGCGUUCGAUGAGGAUAGUUAUACGUUUCAGAAUCUCGUAGGUAAACUGGCAGAUAAAGAAAUUGAGAAGUAUCCGAUCCAUAAUUGGAAGCAUUUGAAGUUCAAAAUGCAAUUGAAGGAGUUGCUUAAAAAGAGUGGUGUAUCUUUUGAUCAAUACAGAUCCAUUAAAUUUGGCCACAAACAUGAUCAAUUGUAUGUUGCAAAUCACUUUAAAACUGAUACGCCCAUUGUAAUCCAUGAAAAUGACUUCUACGACUACAAACUGUCUACAUUAGAAUCCAUAUCCAAGUCUCCUUUAAGUCAUACUUUUCUUGAUCCAAAGCAUAUUCAUUACAACAUUGAAUCCAAGCACGUGAAUCACUUCAAAAGUUUCAUGGAGAAAGAGUACUUACAUUAUUUGAAAUUAUUGAUGAAUUUAAAUCGUGAAAUUCCUUCAGGAUAUGAUGAUUACACUACUCCUUUUAAUGGAUUACUUCUUGAUGGUAGAUUCAGUUAUCAACAGAUAUUCGAAAACCAGAACUUAUAG